UUCAAAAGCCAGUUUCUUUCGAGAAGGCAGGAGGCCCAUAGCGAGUUACAAUAGUGCCAGUUCUUGUAUGGAAGGCCGUAAUUCCGGUAACCUCGACUGCUCUAAGAAUGAUCCGGGCUAGCCGGGCACAUCACAUCAAAGUUAGGUCAUUUGUCAAAAACAUGGCAAAUAGCUCAGUUGGUUUGGUAAGGGAGCUAGUCUCUCACUUAAACCACUCCCAUAUUAGGUAUCCUAUCUCGUCUUAAAGUUCCCCCGCAUUACCCAUAACUUACCACCUGUAUCUCCGGAACUCAAAUCGCAAAAUGACAAUGCUUUCGAUAGUCUGUACUAAAUUACUUUGUACGAAUGCACAUCUCGGCCUUCGGGUAGCUGAUCACCAUUUCAAAGUCUAUAUCCGUGGUUCAAGAAAUGGAAUUGCUAUUCUCGAUUCAGACAAGACACUGAUUUGUUUACGAAACGCUCUUCAUUUUAUAGGAUCUCCCAUUCGUCAAAAAGGCCGUUCCUUCUUUUUAAAGACCAAUCAUUUAUUUAUUUAUGAGAUAACGGAAGAAAUGGCGAGCUAUUUAAGAAGCUAUUUAAGAAAUGUGAAUUCUCAUUGUUUCGAUGAUUCUCAAUGGAAGAUCGGGGCGUUUUUGACCAAUUCUUUUGCAAAUAAAAAAAAAUUCCGUUCAAGAAAGAAGAAGAUCAAUUUUGGGUUGAACCAACAACCUGAUUGUGUGGUUAUUCUGAAUGCAGAUAGAAAGUCUUCGGUCAGACUGGAAGCUGAUCGAUCACAAAUACCUAUUCCAUCCUUAGUUGAUUCUACGAUCCCAUGGGAAUCCUAUAAAAGAAUCACUUAUCCCAUCCCAGCGAAUGAUCCUAUACAGUUCGUAUAUCUAUUUCGUCAUUCGAUCAUGAAAACAGUGAUUCUUAAACAGAAUGCGAUUAGUAGAGAGACACCACCAUCUCUUAGCAGAGGCACUUUUAAGACGGUGUCCACUGGCAUGCACUCCACCUCUUCACCCCGAGGAAGAAAAGUGUCUCUUGUGAGACUGAACCCCAUGAGAACCGUUUCUUCGGCUGUCUUUGAAUUAUUAGCGGCAGCCCAGCCCUUCUUUACCAAUACUACUGAGAGUCUACCCCAGCCACAAGGGGGGGCUGCUCAAAUAGUUCAGGAGACGCCAGCCCCACAAGGGUUCACGGAGCUCCAACCUAUACAAGGGCCAGCUAUACCUUUAAGUUUGCAACUCGAUUUUCAAUCCCAAGCUCAUUUUCUUGACUGUAUGACAAGACAUGCAAUUGGGGAGAAUAAUAUGUUUUAUAAAAUUCCUGGUCGUCUGCAUAACCCAAUAUUAGAAAAUUAUGGAGGUGCAGGUCCAAGUACUUCGACUCCACCGAUAUUAGAAAAUUAUGGAGGUGCAGGCCCAAGUACUUCGAAUCCACCAAUGGAUUUAUCUCCAACCAUGGAUAUGGAUGUAUCUCCUACCAUUCAUGUACCUCUUAGCAAAGAGCAAAUCUAUUUCAAUUUGGUGCAUCUUGAUGCCACUAGGAAAACCUCGGGAUUAUCCCAAGAGAAGCUUAUGACACUAGUAGAGAUAAUUUAUAUUAAGAAAUCGUCAAUACUAGCGGAGCUAAUGGAUAAAUCUGGCCCUCAAAAUUGCCACAUCCUUUGGAAUACGGAUGGUGCUGGCAAUGCCAUCCGAAAAGGAAACGGAGAAGAAUAUGAUGUAAAAACCUUAAGGGAGAUCCUUAAAAGUUUGCGAAGUAAUGAGGAAUUACGUAAAAGUCAUUAUUUGGGGGGAAUUUGGAAAAGAAGGAUUUCAGACCUCCCUAAAGCCAAAUUAAAACUUUUAAGAGUGGAAGAUAUACCCGGGGGGAUAUACGAGAUUCUUUGA